GGGUGAGACCCACAGCAGGUCCCGGGAGCUGGCUUAGACUAGGUGGAGAGGUCCAGCGGUGCCCCACACGCCUGCUCCAGAUACCCCGCGGUGCCCAGGUCACCCGUCACACACCCACCCUCAGUACAGCUCGGCUCCUGCCACAGUAACACCUCGCCUUCUGCUCCAGGUAAGGAGUGACCGACAACGUCUACUAGCCACGAUGAAGCUGUUCCUCGCUGUCCUGGGGGCGCUGGUGGCGGCGUCCUCGGCUAGGAUGGCCGGCAAGUUGCCCGGAGGCUUCCGCAUCGAGCCCGGGUUCUCCUGCGAGGGACGGGAGUACGGCUUCUACGCCGACAUCGACAACCAGUGCUCUGCCUACCACAUCUGCCAGCCGGUGUACGACGACGCUGAUCAGCUGGUGGAGAUGGCCCACUUCACCUUCCUGUGUGGCCAAGACACCGUCUUCAACCAGGAGCAGCUCGACUGCGCCCACCCGAAGGAGGCCUUCCCCUGCGCCGACGCCGCCUCCAUCUACGAGUCCUCCAACUACAAGCUGCGCACAGACCCCGUCGACCCUACGACCACUCCCCUGCCCUAGUGCAGCUGGCUGCAGCCACGGAGAGUCAUGGAGGAUUGUGUAAACGCUAUAGCAUGGAGGGUGUUCGUGUGUCUUUCCUCUUAUUUAUUGAUCUUUCAGCUUAGAGGCGGUAUUCUUCCUUGUCCUCUCAUGGUAUCAUGAUGUUACGUGUCUCUCAGUAAAGUUUUGCAGUAUA